UGGAAUUCAGUAGCCGUUUAGCCGUUUAGCCGCUCUUGAAUGAUGGUUUGGAACUAAAACACGGCGUAGAAGUAACUAUUGUCUCUUGACUCUCUGGUGUAUCAUUAUUAUCCGUCCGAUAUCAACUAAUCGUCAGAACCGUUUUUGGAUCGUCACUUUGCUGACUUUGGUCUACUUACCCUCCGUCGUCUUCUUGGGCUCUCGGUCUUCGUCUCUCGGACAACGUGACUAUCCUCUUGGUUCCGCCAACAUCCUGCUGUCCGUAGCCUCUCACUUUGCUCGCCAGCACCCUCAGUACCGCAAACUGCCGCAGAGUAUAUUGAACUCCGACAGCAAACAAAAUGGCGUCUCUAGGCAACUUGUUCAUCACCUUGGUGGUUGGUUUUGCUGCAAUUUCAUCUGUGAAUGCUCAAGGUUUGGCCUUGUUGGCUAAAAAACUAGGUACCCCUUCUGUAUUCACAGUUUACUAUCUGACUGGACAAAGUACAUCACAGAUUGGGAGUGAGUAUUUACCAGAAUGCGUGGCUACUAGUGCUUCUGGUAGCAGUAUUACACUGACUAACACUAACACUGGUGUGGUUGUUGGUAAACAUAGCCGAAGGUUUUUUCAGCUUUACGAAGCUAGAAGUACAGCUGUUGGAUGGGACACUACCCAACACCCCACUCUCAACCCAAACUACACUGGAGUGUACAGAUGUACAGCAAAGGCAGGUGAUGCGAUGAAAGCAACACAGACCUAUCAACUGCAUGUCGUUGUUCCACCCACAACGCCGGUACUUCAAACUCCAGUGUCAGUGUAUAACGACACUCUAUACAACAUCAACUGUACCGGUCAAGGAUACCCAGCACCUACAGUCACAUUGAAUGUUAACAACGCCGUAUUGCCGGGCAGUGAUACAACCAAUUGUACUGCUGGUGUGUGUACAAAGACACACACGGCAUCUCUAGAUGGGAGUAACUACACACCUGGCCAGUCCAUCAAUAUCACCUGUACUGUGGAUAUCAACCAACCACCAUUCACAUGUACUGCCGCUCAGAAUGCAACAUUACAGACACAGUGUAGUAAUACUGCUGCCAAGACCAGCGCACACACAACAACUGUUCCUGUAGUUGUUCCUUGUAGUAGCAUCUCAACCAUUUCCAACAAUUACAACACAAUUUCGAAUUUCAGCACUACGCCAGGAACUACUGUUGCUGUGCAAUGUAAGGAUGGCUUCAUCUCUAGGAAUGGCAUGGAUGUCACAUCACUGACAUGUAUGGCAUCAGGUCAUUGGUCACCAAGUCUACCUACUUGUGAUGCUUGCUCCACCAUCUGCAAGAAUACCCAAGUGACGUUUUGUACCCAUAUCAAGCUGGCCAACAUACCCGGGGCUAUCGACUGCCCAUGCACCGGUACUGAUACAGUUUGGACGAGAUCUGCUGGUAGCUGCGUGCCCACACAUUGCCCAGCUGUAGGCAACACAACCACAACCAAUGCCAUUCCCAGGUUGGCAGUCGGCACGUCGAGAUAUGUUGCAUGCAAUAAUGGCUACUCAUCUGGCAAAACAGUGCGCAACACCAGCUGUGUGUCUAACGGGACGCUUACACAUCAACCAGAUUGCAAAGAUAUCAAUGAGUGUAACAGCAUGUGUAACAGUACAUCAUCACACUGCAACAACACAUUGGGAAGUUUUGUGUGCACAUGUGAUCCUGGAUAUACUAGCGAUGGAUUUAAUUGCACAGUGGAUAUUCCUAGUGGAAAGUCAAGUUUAACCGGAGGUCAAGUGGCAGGAGUAGUCAUUGGCCCCUUGCUGCUGUUCGCAUUGAUUGGAGGCAUUGUGUUCACCCUAACCAAAAAAAAGUCUCAUGGAUUGGGUGAGAACAGUGGGAAGGUUUUCAACAAGCCUUAGCAAGUGGAAAAAGCUGACGGCCAGUUCCAGUCAUUGUUAGCAUUCCUGUAGUGUUACACCACGCAUACACAUGCAUGCAUAAUUAUGUCAACACACCUAUACACAAUUAUUAUGCAUGACUGUAAGAGGUAAUAAUCAGUACGCAUUUCACACGAUGUCACCUGAUGCCUUUAUUUCACUUCGUGUUGGUACUUCUCUGUACUUUGAUGCUACUUGCAUGAAGCUAAUCUUGGUCUAAGGACAUAUUGGUAGGAAAUAUUGAUAAGGAAACUUAGCAUUGAUUGAAUUGAAGCAUGCACGACUUCAGGUUUGUCUAUUGUGACGGUUUACCUCUCCUGGUGGUCCAUCAAGUUUGUUGCCCUUGGAUGUAUUGUCAAUGUCGCUACAUUCAGCUUGAAGAUAUUAAUUACAUAGUGCCUAUCCUAAAUGCAUUUCCACUGAUAUCUGUGAAGGAGUAUUUUCGCUGUGCACUGUUACAUUUUGCCUCCAAGUUUAUUUGUUAUCACAAAUCUAUACUGUUGUUGAUCAAAUUAAUGUAGCUGCAAUCAGCUAGAACAGUUGGUUUUCCAUUAAUUGAAGAGAGCAUUCUUACAGCACAUAGUGCCUAUCGUAGAUGUAUUUCCACUGCAAUCUGUGAAGAAGUACAUCAACUAUGCACUGUCACAUUUUGCCUCCAAGUAUGUCAGUUUGUCAUGAGGAAUCUGUACUUGUUGAUAAAAUAAUGUCGCUGCACUUAGCUAGAACAGUUGAUUUCUAAUUGAUAUUAAAGUGACCAUCCUUACAACACAUAGUGCCUAUCGUAGAUGCAAGUCCACUGGUAUCUGUGAAGCAGUAUAUUCUCUAUGCACUGCUACAUCUAGUCUACAAGUCUGUUAGAUUGCAAUGAAAAAUCGGUUACUUCAAGAUUUA